UUGGCUCGUUUACUUUGAAAUAGCACAGCAGUCUUCCUUUAUAUAACAGUGUAUCUCAAAUUUUGACAAUUUAGUUUGAAAACUGUUUAAAUGUAUCAACAAUGAACGAAUGACUCCUAUAGAAUGACCAUUGGUAUUAGACAGACAACAUGGACCCAAAUGGACGGAAUUCAUCUCUUACCGAAAUUAAUGAAAUGAAACAAAGUCGGAAAUGGAUUAUAUUAAGGAUUUACUGACUGUGUACGUAGAUUUAAUUCAAGAUUUUUGCUGAUUUGAUAGCUCAAUAUGGAAAACUAUUCCUUCUUAGAUUCCUUAAAUCAGUUUGACAAUGAAACGGUAGACGAGGAGCAGCGACCAAUGAUAUCAUCACUAGUGCCGUCCAUUAUGUUUUCUGCUGGUGUGUUCGGGAAUUUACUUGCGUUAUUUGUAUUGAGUAGAUCACCCAAGGAACAAAGACGAUCAGUUUUUUACCGGUUGGUGGCAGCACUUGCUUUCACUGAUCUUUUUGGAACGUUGACGACAUCGCCUGUGACUUUACUGGUUUACAAUAAUAAUUUGAAAUGGCUUGGAGGACAACCAUUGUGUGAUUAUUUUUCGAUAAUGUUGAUAUUUGCUGGACUUGCAACCGUGUUUACAUUAGGUGCCAUGGCCCUGGACCGUUUCAUGGCCCUAAAACAUCCAUAUAUUUACCAUGCAAAAAUUAAAUAUAAGCAGGCUACAUAUAUAGUUUUAACUUUAUGGCUUGUUGCUAUACUGAUAGCUUUGUUACCAAAGAUUGGUCUUGGGAAGAAUGUCCAACAGUUCCCCGGAUCGUGGUGUUUCUUUGAAAUGUACGGAGACACUGCCAGUGAAAAAGCAUUCGCAAUUUUGUUUUCAAUUUUAGGAAUAUCAAUCAUAUUUACUAUUGCCAUCUUAAACAUUAUUUUAAUAUCAACUCUUUGUAACAUGAGAAAGAAAGCUCCACGCAGCCUAAACGCCAGAAAUAUUAUACAAUGUGAAGUUCAAAUGGCGAUAUUCCUCGUGGGUGUCAUGAUGGUGUUCAGUGUAUGUUAUGCCCCUUUAAUGAUUCGUGUUCUGGUAAUACAGACAGGAUUAACAGGGAGAAACAAUUUGUUUGAUCUUACUGUUAUAAGACUUGCAUCAUUCAAUCAAAUCCUAGAUCCAUGGGUAUAUCUUCUGUUUAGAAGAGAACUGGUUGUGCGUGGCAUUUCAAUAAUUCAAAAACAUUUUUGUCCCAAAACAUUCAAAAAGAAGAGAACUAACUCUUCGUUCAAGUAUAUUGAGAGAACCAUGACAACAGAAAAAAUGGUGACAGUAGCGCAGACGAGUGAUAUUCCAGUCUCGCCAAUCACACCACCUCCACUUCUCGGUCUAUCAGAGAAAAACUCUUCAUUUGAUCAAUGUCCGGCCUAAUAAAUUGUUUUAUAUACA